AGCGAUGAAUCAGUUAUUAUGUUGCCCUCAACCGGCUACUUUAAAACGAUAAAUUGCCCGUUUUAUGACGGCGGCUCGUGUGACCGGCCCUAUUGUCACUUCAAACACGCCAGGCGAGAAGAUGCAGGAAGUACAGCAGGAGUGGCCGGGGUGGUGGAGGCCCAGACGGCGGGGCAAACGCAGGAGGACAAACCUACCGAUGUCGUGGCCUCGGCGCCCGACAUGUUGCAACAUCUAGUGACGGAAGCUGUGAAGAAGGUACUCGCGGAUCAGGAAGUUACCGACACGGAGAAGGUUUCGCAGAACAUCGUCUCUCAAGUGGUGGAAGGGCUCAAGCCGACCCUGUCGUCCGGCACCGCCGCCUCUAUACGCAACGCCGCGCCGAUCAUAGGAAAGCAUGUCGCAAUUCCCACACCCAUCACGAAACCGGUGUCCGCCUGUGUCUACAAUCCGACGCCGAUAGCGGAACUGAAGAAGCGUCAUAUACCCGUGGUCUCGUACAUGCCGACCAGGGAGACCAGAGUGGCUGUGAAACGUAAAUUCUCCCCGGAAACGGCUAAGCCGUGGUUGAGCGUCGUUCAGGAGUCGAGCGGUUCUCAGGUCACGCCUGAAGUUACAUACAAGCCCACCGCGAUAGUGAACACAGCGACCGAUCAGGAUGUCGUGCAGGGUUAUGUGCCGACGGUCAAAUCGGACACGUCCUCGUCGAAUUCGUACGAGGACGGUAACUCGAACGACUAUCAGUCGAAAUUUAAGGAGGUGUACUGCCCAAAAUCUAAGAAGAGAAGGGAGGAGUAUGUUCCUAAGAAGAUCAAAGCGCCACUGAAGACGGUUCAGCAGUUGAACGACGCAACUUUGAAUCGGUUCGAAUCCGAUUUCGAUAUGAUAGACGAGAUCAUUACUUCGAAUCAUGCCACUUCUGUGGCGCUGGGCCAGGCGAAAGCGUCGGCCAGCGAGGACUCUCAGGAUUAUUCCUUGGACAUUGAACCCAGGUUCUCCGACGACGAGCCUGUGGAAGACAUAUCUACGGACGAGCAUAACGCAAAGAGGUCCGAACAAACGGAGGAUGUGAACGAGAAGGAGAAGGAGAACUUGCAACACGCAGGGAUAGAUAUUGCGGAUAAACAAACGAGCAAUAAGGAUAAUAAAAUACAUAGCAAUCAUUGCGACGCAAAAACGGGUGAUAUAAAAAGCGAUAGAUCUAAACAGCAUAAGGCAGGUGACUCGAGAAGUUUGUCGGAGAGAAGAGAGGACUCCACUGUGCGGCAGGAUGCUGAUAAGGAAAAAGAGAAACAUAGGAGUCAUAAUAAAAAUAAGGAAGGCGAUAAGAGAGAUCGUCAUAGUUCAGAGAAGAGGGACAAAGAAAGAUCUAAGCAUAAGUCAGAUUCCAGAGAUAAGCACCGCUCCUCGUCUAGUAGAGACAAGGACAAGAGAAGGAGCAGCCGCGACAGUAAAGACUCUUCGCGUGGGAGUGGAGAGCGCUCGGAUUCGCGCAGGCAUUCACACGUCUCGCCGAAGAAAGAACGGAACGAUCAUCACAAGUCCAGCCGGCGCGACAAGCAUAAAUCGAGUUCGAAUUCAUCCAGUUCCAAAUCGAGCAGGCACACGUCGAGCAGAAGUGAUAGGAAACAUCGCUCGGAAUCAAGUCGGAGAUCCAGCGACUCUUCCAGAAAAUCUAACAAGCAUAAAGAAAGUAGUAGCGAAAGGAAUUCAUCUAAUAGAUCUGACAGUUCUGCCGAUAGUGUUCAUUCUUUCAUUGACGAUGAGAUUUUGGAACUAUCAGAUUCUGAUCACGAUGUACAAGAAGAGUGCUUGAGAAUUUUUCAGGAAUAUCAAGCCUCGGACUAUCCGAAAUUAGUAUCGAUCAAAAAGUCUUUGAAAGAGGUGGAAACUGAGAACGUGGAAGAAGUCGGUAGGAAAAGAGUUGCGCAUCCUUCGGCGGCAACAAGUGUCACUAGACAGCUGGGUCCUAGUCAGCCACCAAAAAAGCUUAUAACUCCGCAACAGAAAAUGUACGAGCGAUGGCGUUUGAUGAGACAGGCGGCGACUGAAAAAGCCGCGGAAAGGGCGGCAGAGAAGGCAGCAGCUGAUACGAAGACUCAAGUUACGUCUACGUCAACAGAUCAGUCUCCGUGUAGCGUUACACAAACGUUCACACAACGUGUUUCACUGCACAAAGAACAUGUUGAGCCUAUCUCAUCGAUAAGUAAUAGUGACGUGCUGCCGAAUACGAAUGGUCGCAUUCGAAUCGCUCAUGUCCCAUACGCAAAAUCUCUGGCGAUGGAAAAGAGAAAGGUCGCGGUGACAGCGGCGACGAGCGGGGACGCUAAGGCGAUAGACAACAAAACAAUAGCGCAAACUACGAAGGGCGGUGUGCGCGUCGCUCAUAUACCGCAAGUGGUGCCUCAACUUGUGCGUCCAGAACCGCUGCAGGUCGCCACCCAGAAGUUUCCCUUAAAUGUUCGUCAGUAUUAUAUUAAUAUGAUGCACGAUAUAUGCGUGCAAAUUUACACGAAUGGCGACGACGCGGCGCAACGAGCCGUCAAAGAGGAACACGCGUGUCACGAGAGGUGCAAGGCGCUCGCGGUGUACAAGAACUCAUGCAUGCUGGCGGCUCAUAGAUUGAGGAAGGAGAUAGAUCAAAGCCAGUCGAAUGAGAAGUCCGUUGGUUCGGGCUACGGUAUGAUGUCCCACGAAGCGGUUCUCGCCGGCAAGUCGAAAGGCUCUUGGAGCGUGGUCAAAAGCAAGAAGAGCGUGACGGAUUUUAAAGGAUCAGCGCUCUACAACAUGCUCAAGAAAUGGAUCAUGACGGAGCAGCAGCUUAGAGACAAUGGAUUUCCACGUAAACAUCCAGACGGUCCGAAGGGACGAGCGAAGGUGUAUGUAACGAAUUCGCGGAACCAAAGCGUUUUAUCAAAAGUGCCUAACGAGAGAAUAUGCAGCCGGUGCGGCCAAGCGUAUAUGAUAGAUAAACAGUGCUUGGCUGUACGGCAACAAAAUUGUAUAUAUCAUUGGGGCAGGAAAUUUACAAUUAGAGGCGAGGGCAAGUAUAGCUGUUGCCAGCAAUACGGCUCCGCUACUGGUUGCUGCGACGCAAAGACACACGUAUGGGACUACACGGAUUACGAGAAUCUUCGCGGUUACGUUAAAACUUUAUCGAAAGAUGUUCCUAUGGACGAGCAAGGUGUUUAUGCACUAGAUUGCGAAAUGUGCUAUACUACCCAAGGCUUAGAACUAACCAGAGUGACGAUUAUCGACGAAGAGUGUAAGGUGAUAUACGAAACAUUAGUCAAGCCGCAGAAUCCAAUAAUUGAUUAUAAUACGAGGUUUUCGGGGAUCACGGAAGACGACAUGAAAGAUGUGACGACGAAUAUUUUAGAUGUACAAGCUACGCUCCUCACAAUGUUCUCGGAUAAAACGAUAUUGGUGGGUCACAGUCUUGAAAGUGAUUUUAAAGCUUUAAGGCUACUCCACGAUACCGUCGUGGAUACCAGCGUCAUGUUUCCGCAUAAAAAUGGAUAUCCGCAAAAAAGGGCACUGAAAAAUCUCAGUUCGGAAUAUCUCAGAAAGCUCAUACAAAAUGAUGUUGGUGGUCAUGACAGUAAAGAAGAUGCCGUUGCCUGUAUGGAAUUAAUUCGCUGGAAAGUGAAGGAGGAAGCGAAAUUACAGUGAAACUGUGCUCUGUUAGGAACAAAUAUUAUCACGUUGUAUGCUAGUUACAACGACACGUUUUUCGCUUUCGUGAUACUAUCGACAAGAUACUGUUAAAGACUGCCAGAGUAAACGGAUUAGUUUUGCGAUUGAUUGUUUGCGGUGAAUUUCACCGGGAAUAAUUAGUAUAAAUUAUAUUAUUAAUAUUAUUUUCUUACAGGUAUUUAUUGUUAAUAUUAUCCGUCUGAUAUAAAUAUUUGAACAAUUAGCCUAACGGGAUAUUGAGUUCAUGAUUUAUUAUUUUUCAUAAAUAAGUAUAUAUAUUUAUGACAUAACAACAUCAUAAUAUCUAUGCGAAACUACAUUUUUUUCGUGGUUAUAAUUAGCGUUUGUUCUGUUUGGACAAUCAAACAGCGAAGUGCAGUUUUAAAUAAAAAACUGAAUAUUAUCGCAUGUGUUUGCACACAUCUACGAAAUAUAUCUAAAUAAAACGUGAAAUGAUAUAAAAUUGUGAAAAAUAAUAAAUUAUUAAUAUAUUAAGUUUAACUAAUUGUUCAAAUUUUGACAGUCACUAAACCUUCCAGGUCAGCACUUCUAGGUCGGUACUUUAAUCGUAUCUUGUCGACAGAGACGCGCUGGCCAGUACUGUUGCGCAUAUUCUACUGCCUACAUACUGCGCACUUUUUAUAUACUGUAUUAUAGCUUGUUGUGUAUAAAUAUGUAAUAUACACUCAUUGUCCUUGAUUCAGGAUUUCUUUUCAGACUAAAUUUGGAAUCUAGCUAAUAAAAUCAUGUCCGCGAUAUCAAUUCGUCAAAUUUAUUAGAGCGUGAAGUAUUAUACGAUAACGAAGAGAUUCAGUGCGGAGAAUUUUGACAUGCAUCACGACAUUUUGAUUAAUAUUUUUGUACUCCCUGUUAUUAUUUAUAUUUUGUAGCAUUAAAAAGACCAGAUAACGUUGUA